AUGGGGUCUGUUUCCAACCAGCAGUUUGCAGGUGCGAAGCCGGGCGAGGAACCGGCCGGAGACUCGCCCAAGGCCGAGAACGAGUCUCAGCCGCUGCACGGCUCCGGCAUCUGUAAGUGGUUCAACGUCCGCAUGGGCUUCGGCUUCCUCUCCAUGACCGCCAAGGGCGGCGCGACCCUGGACUCGCCCGUCGAUGUCUUCGUGCACCAGAGCAAGCUCCACAUGGAGGGUUUCCGCAGCCUGAAGGAGGGCGAAGCUGUUGAGUUCACCUUCAAGAAGUCAUCUAAAGGUUUGGAGUCCAUCCGGGUGACCGGCCCGGGAGGUGUCUUCUGCAUCGGCAGCGAGAGGAGACCCAAGGGCAAGAGCCUCCAGAAACGCAGAUCGAAAGGAGACCGAUGCUACAACUGCGGCGGGCUGGACCACCAUGCCAAAGAGUGCAAGCUCCCGCCGCAGCCCAAGAAAUGCCACUUCUGCCAGAGCAUCAGCCACAUGGUCGCCAACUGCCCCGCGAAAGCACAGCAGUCCCCCAGCUCCCAGGGAAAACCUGCCUACUUCCGAGAGGAGGAGGACAUGCACAGCUCGGCCCUCCUCCCCGAAACCCGGGAAUGA